AUGGGAGAUGCGUUGCGACGGUUAAAGAAAGAGGGAGUAAGUUCGGUUUAUUUAGGGACUUCGGUGGCGGAUUGCUGGGCUAUUAUUGAGUUGGCGGCUGCUGGGGAGGUAGUGGCAGUUUCGGCCGAAGUUGGGACAACCUGGGCAAGUUCUUCUCUUUAUGAGUGCGCCUGUGCGGAGGAAGUCUUAAUUAAUCACCAGAUUGAGCCGCCGUUAGAUGUGCCGGUUGAGACUAAUUUGCAAUUGUUGCGACCGAAAGAUCCUUUAGUGCACUACGUAUCUCGCUUGUUUGCGUGGCAGAAAGUAUUCAUUCCUAUUUAUCAGGUAGUGUUGCAGGAUGGCCGGCGAACGGUUAAAAUGCCCAAUAGUCGUGAAGAGAUUGCCAUGUCCUCUAGUAUUCCAACUGAAGAUAAGCUAGCGCUGUACCAUUGUAUGACUAAUGGGUUUGCGGAGAACUUUAGUGAACUAUCGGAGCCGACUAAGACUAUGCUCCUCUCGGCCUUGGCUGGAACGACUUCCAUGUCGGCUGAGGCAGUAUUGAAUGUACAGAGCCAUUUUGGACACUUAGGCGGCCCACAGUAUCUUUUCCCAGCUAAGACUUUCUCAGCAAUUUCAUGGCUUCUACUUCAGUCACAUCCAAGCAUUCAUUAUGCCCCAACAGUUGAUCUGCCCGAUCCAUCUAAACGCACUCCGCCUUUUAUUCUGAAUAUUGCUGGUCUUGGUGAAAUAACCGCUAGACAAGUUCUUGAAAGUCCUAAGAAUUAUAAACAGUACUUACGCAUCUUACUUCUCAAAAGACCCUUUACAUCUACACCAACUAAACAUACUUUUCUUAUUGAUCAAAAUCACAUUCAUGGUUUGUCAAUUACGUUAAAAUCAAUUAAUUAUCUAUACCUUUGGUCAGAUAAGACUGUUCCAGGCACGAUUAUAAGAUCAGUUGGACUUAAUCCUGAAUCUCUUCUUUUCCAUGCCGAACUGGUAUCAAACAGCUCUAAUAGUUGGUGUUCUUUCGAUAUUUAA